AUGGCGUACACGCGCUGUUUCUGGAUUGCUUUAGUUGUCGUUCUGUCUGUUCUGACAAAUGACAGUGGAGUACUCGGUCGUGCAGUCGACACGCUUGGAUUUAUGUCAAAAUCUGCAGAGGAGUCAUCCGGAACAACUUUACGCACGGACGCGUCGAGGCGGUGGAGGCGUGGAGCGCACAGACACGAGCAGUGCGCGGAGCUCGCGGCCCCUUGGCUGGAAAACACGCAUCAAACUCCGGAGGAUAAUCCGACUGUGCUGCAGCUCCGGCUUCGACCCUUUUCUCCGGGAGCCUCUCGGGGUCUGGUUUUCCCCGGGAAGCAUCUUUUCGGCUUUGUUCGGAGGAUUUACCGCUGCUGUCAGGAGGGACCGAGCUGCAGGAGCGUCAAAGGAAUACAAGGGCGCCUGAGAGGAGGUAAGACUGAAGAGAUCAAGCUCAGCAUUAAGUCCUCUUUUGACUGAAGUUACGUUUUACACAGUGGACCUAAAAUAUGCUGAAGUAACAGCAGGUAAAACUCGUAAAGACACAUGAUGAGCUGCAGAGAUUAUAGUCUGAGAAAUCAUGCAGCUUGUGAGAGCAUGUGUCUCCAAAUCAGGACAACCCUUAAAGUUCCUCCAUGACUAACUAGGAUGAACUCGGAGAACAGCUGAAGACAACAUGGAGCUGUUUUUGGGAAAGAUUCAGCCAAAGUUUAGGAGAUGAACAAGAAACCUCAUCCAGAGAGCAUGCUGCUAAUGUUAGUAUAAAAUGAGUCCUUUAACCCUUUAUUGCCUUUUGUAUCAUAUUAGAUACUUUUAUAAAGUUCUAUCUAAUCAAUAUGAUCAACAAACUGCUAAAAAAAAACAUCUGGAUACAGUCCAAUAAAUGAUAAAAAAAACGUCCUCUUGUGGUUUAUCAGUUUCCAAAAACAUCAAAUGUCAAUUUUAAGGACAUUUAGAUUUUUUGUUUUUUUUUCUGUAGUAAAUAAACUUUUCAGCUCCAAAAAAAUCUAUUUUCUGGCCUUAAUUUGAGGUUUCAGGCAUUAAAAAGUUAAGAGAUGAUCCAUAGUGAACAGUACAACACACAGUAUUGUUAUGGUGACACUGCAGGAGUGUCAUGAGACGUUAAAGUGAAAGCUGCUGAUCUUCAUUUAGGGCCUGAUUCCUGCAGCUGUAGAGAGGACCGUGUUUUCUGCAUACAAAUAGGCCUCAGCUGGCUUAAUGUCUCUUCAGAGUGUCGUAGAGAAAUCCUGCUGACAGAUUAACAAGGUAUUAGGAGUGAAGACGUCCCCUAUGUGGCAGAGAUAUUACUCUGAUCCCCGGGAUUUAUCACAAUGUAGCUCGACUCCCGGGUCUGUGCCACUGUGUUUGAGACGUAAACAGCUCUCUGACGAACUUUUCCUCUCCUCCUCCUCCUCCUCUGCAGAUACAGAUGUGGAGUUUCUCCUCACCAGGGACAAUUUAUCGUUGGCAGUAACGAGAGCUGAGCUCCAUCUCCAACUUUCCAACCCACAACAUCUGGAAAUCCAUCCUGUGAUCUCAUCUUUGGCGAAGCAGGGCCUUCCAACAAGGUAAACACUCGACUCCUGAUUGGAUCUUGACUCAGACGAGAACGGUUAAAGACACAAAAAGAUGGUGGUCUAAUCUAAUUCCUCUCUAACCUCCUUCUUCAGGUACAGCUUGUGGUCUUGGGGCGACACCGUAGAGCUGAGGGUGGAUCUGCUCCUCCUCUUCCAGAGUCUGCAGGAGGCGGCAGGUAGUGCGAGGAGGACUCCCAGCUUGGCGAACAUGCGGCGAGCGGUCUUCUCUCCCGGGGAGGAUCCAUCCGGAGAGAAGGCCGCUACUCUGGGGGCUCUGAAGGACUCUGACGGAGACGUGUGGGGGGAUGGGGUCGCUAACACGCUGCCUCCUCUCUUGGAGCUGGGUUUGGUCCUCAGCUGCAGUCAGGCCGGAUCAGCGGCGUCCUGCAGAGCUGGUGGCGUUCACCUCUCACACACACCUUUUAUCGCUCUGUACUUCAGGUGA